AUGUUAUCCUCUCAAGUGUUCAACAUAUUCCGAAAGCCUCACGUCGACGAGUCCAUACAAAAGGUCGAAUGGAGAACAUACUACCCUUACGUCAAGUCGUUUAGAAAUAAUGAUGUUAUAGAAAUCAACAUCAAUCAGUCUGAUGCUUUCAAUGCUCUCUAUGAAAGUAUCUUACACAUCAGUGGAAAAGUUACGAGAACUGAAGGUGCAGGACAUGUAGCUUUCGUCAAUAAUGCCGGUGCCUAUAUGUUUCAAUCCAUCAGUUAUGAUCAGAAUGGCAAGGAAUUGGAAUCAGUACGUGAUUUUGGUACUGUGCGCACUGUCAGAGGUUAUUUGUGCUACAGUGCCGAAGAUACGGAACAAUUGGCUAUAGCAAGAUGGACCUACCCCAAUAACGUUGAUGUCAUGAAUGCAGCAAGUUUGGCAUUCAGUAUGUUUAUCCCAUUGAAGCAUCUGCUGAAUAUUGUCAACGAUUAUGAAUGUGUCUCAUAUGGUAAACAUUCCAUUCGUUUGGUGAGAGCUGAAAACGAUAACAACUGCUUCAAAAUCACCGAAAAUGCUGUUGGCACCGCUGUUGUACCCACAAAAUUACAAUUGGAAAUCAAAAACGUGGAACUCGAAGUGAAAAGACUAUUUCCGAACGAUCAAAUCAAAUUGCACUUUUUGAAGGCAAUCAAAGCCGACACUCCCAUCCUGAUACCCUUCAGAAAAUGGGAAUUGCAUAUGUUGCCUUCUCUCACGACAGGCGCCACCAAUGGAAUAUGGGCCGUCAAGACAUUUUCGUUUCUCUUGGCCUUCGAUGAAGGAGCCUUUCCACAGGCGUACUUCAACUACACGCAAUUUGGAUAUAGCUAUAAAAACACCUUCCAACACACUCCGCUCCUAGGCUACCCCGAAUUUGCCAAUAUACAACCUCUUUUUGUUAUCGAUUGUUCGCGACGAUACGGAAGUGUCAAAAGCUCCACUGUCGAUGUCAAACUUGAAAUUGAAGCAUCCCAAGAAUUUUCUGCCAACACUCGAGCCUAUUGCAUCAUCAUCCAUGAUAACAUCAUUGAGCACCUCCCACUCAGCGACCAGGCCGGGACGUCAAAUAGUAAUACUGGUCCGAACUUAGAAGUGACAAAUAUAGAGAAUCCUUUCGCACGGAGAAGCUCAGUGGCAAGGGCACCCCCAAGGCCAAGAACUACAUCCUUACCAGACUCCGCGAGCCAAGAGGUAUUCGAAAACCUAAGGAGUGACGAUACGGCAGAAGAAAGACGCUACAAGCGCAAGAAAAUGGAAAAGACCCCUGAUAAGGCCAAAGCUGAAUCUGAAAAAACCCCUGAUGAAGCCAAAGCUGAAGAAAAGACCGCAUGUGCCUUCAAGAGAAUCAUGGAAAAAAUGCUCAAGCAGAUCAAGUCACUGGAGAAAAUCGCCAAGGAGGCAUACAAACCAAAAUUGGAACUGAAAGAGGGAAUCAGCAGACUGGCUAUGCAUGCAGCACAACUGCAAAGCAAAGAGAUGAAAGAAUGGCUCGACGAGGCAACAAAUAGUACAAAGGAACAAGAGAUCCAGCAAGCUAUGCUCAGAGAGAGAUAUAAUUUCAACAACCAGUUACAACACAUGGAAGAGGAACACGAGAAAGAACUUGGAGAGCUACAUGGAGAAGUGCAAGAAGGAACCGAGGACCGUAUAGUGUACCAGUCCUUAAGAACCGCCAAGAUGUACAUGCUGGAACACAACAAAACAAAGCUAGCCUCACCACAAGUCGAAGGAACUAUAGGAACUACGCUUGUGAGAAUGCUAGAAUUUUUAUACGCAGACACCAAUGUGGAGAUCACAGUGUACAUGGGAAACGAAGGACAAGAGAACACUAAUUCUCGAAUGGGGCGAAAACUGCUAGUGAAAGUAGACGAAACACCUUACCAAGUGGAAAAAACGUCCAAAAGAGAAGGAAGAAGCCGACACAGGAGGCAAUUCUUGUGA